CCUGCAAUCCCACAAUUCUCGUUGCCAGCGCCGCCAUUGUGAAGCGGAAGACGCAUAUUUAUUUACACGAACAAAGAGCUGACAGAAGAACAAUAUCCAGAACACUUGUAGACCAGAAAAUCAUUCCGGUUUGCUCACGUAACUGUAUUUCGUUCAAACAUUAAAAAUAAUGAGCGUGGCGAGUGCUGAAAGAAAGACAAAAAAGAAGGGAGGCGGCAUGUCUGGUUUGUUAAGGAAAGAGAAAGAGCCUGUCAGCGAGGAAGAGUUAAUGAAAAAAGACGCCAUUACACCUGACGAUGUAUUGAGGUUAAAAUGUUCUACAGAGGGUUAUCUGUGUCCACCAGAGGCCAACAUAUAUGGUAUUGAUUUUACAAGAUUCAAGCUGAGAGACAUGGACAGUCAGACCGUUCUCUUUGAGGUUGCCAAACCUCCAGUCAUAGAAGGUAGCGAAGAGUACGGUGACGGUGAUGAUGUUGAUCCCAAUGCUGGCAGAUUUGUGCGAUACCAGUUUACACCUCAGUUCCUGAAACUCAAAACAGUCGGAGCAACGGUAGAGUUUGUUGUUGGUGACCAGCCUGUCAACAAGUUUCGCAUGAUUGAGAAGCACUUCUUCAAGGACAAGCUGCUGAAGUGCUUUGACUUUGAGUUCGGGUUCUGUAUACCACACAGUCGCAACACCGUGGAACACAUAUAUGAGUUCCCACAACUAGACUCAGCUGAGAUUCAAGAGAUGGUGGAUCGUCCCUAUGAAACAAGAUCGGACAGUUUCUAUUUUGUAGAAGACAAGCUGAUCAUGCAUAAUAAGGCCGACUACGCUUACAACGGUGGCACGUGAAAUCUUGUGAUAGACACUUAGGCCAUAUAGUGAUUUAUUGCGAAAGAUUGUAAAAUGGGAAGAGUUUUGUUUACAAAAUACUGACUUUUUUAUCGUCCUUAUUGACUUGUUUAUGAUAUUGCUGAUGCCUGCAUGACAUUCCAUUUCUACGACUCCGUCUUGUGUUUCAGAGAAUCUUUCUCAAUAAUUAUUGUAGCCCCAUUCUAGGAAAAUUGGGCUUAAUGCUGUGUAAACUCUUUCUAGAUAUGCCUGUGCAGUCCUUACAGGCUUAUCAGGGUGGACACAUUUAGCUUCAAGUAGAUUUGCGUUUGGAAGGGACUUUCUUUAAAAAAAAAAAUUACAUAAAAGUACUAGGAAGACACUUUAUGCACAUGUAUUAAGCCCAGUUUUCCCACAGGCUAAUCAGGGAUGGCAUUUUUCGCUUUUAUGGUAUUUUUCAUUUAAAGGAAGUCUCUACUACACGAAAAUCCAGUUAAGGCGGAAAGUGUCGUCCCUGAUUAGCCUGUGCAGACUGCACGGGCUUAUCUGGGACAACUCUUUACACACAUGCUUUUUGCCUAAUGUUCACAGAACAAGACACUUAUCGCGGCCCAUUACUCGGACGUCCCUUAUUCAUGGGUUCAGUUGGUAUGGUUAUUCCAAUCUUGAAGUGUGACAGAGAUUUUUAGAUUUUCUUUUUUGUUUAUCGUUAUAUUUCAUGUACAUGUAUGUAUGUCUUAAUCAAAAAGACACAUAAUAAGCAUUAUAUUUAUAUUAUACGGUAAACCAUUUUAAUAUUCAUCUUUCUUAAUUUAUCUUUAAGUUUGCUCUAUUCUUGUCUGUUUAAUUUUUUAACAUGACAUGUUAUAAAAAGAAAUCUUUGGUGUUAAAUAAGAAUAAAUUGCUUAUAUAAUUUGAAGACAAAAACUCUGAAUAUAAGCAUACCAGGAGUACAAUAUCACAAUUUUUAUGUUAUGUAUUUUAUGUGUACAUAUAUAUGGUGACUAGAGUAUCUUGCAUUAUUUAAAAAAAAGUAAAGUUAUAACAUAUAGUCUAGAUGUCUCCCUUACAACACAAUGUUGUACAUUUGGGCUCGCAAUAUGAUUUGUUUUUAUUAACGUUGAAUUAAUUUUGAAUCAAGUUUGUGUCUUUAAAUUGAAAAAAUAAUUAUUUUGAUAUAGAAAUCUUAUAACUCUGUACACAUGUCCUUAAAAAAUCAUGUGUUAUAGUUUUUUGUGUCAUGGUUAGAAACAUGUUGUUAAUAACAUAUUUAUGAUAUGUUACUGUGUAUAGCAAUCUACUUAACUAACAAAAAUGACAAUAAUGUUUUCAUAAACAGAUAAACCGAUGCAGACCACACAUUCUAAUCAUAGACAACACUUUACGCCUAUAAAGGUAUUGUUGUUAAAAGGAUGUCUCUUCUAGGCUAAAACCCAGUUUAUGCGAAAAUGUUGUCCCUGAUAAGGCUAAGCUGAAUGCAGAGGCUAAACUGGGAUGCCACAUGAUUUCAGCCCAAACGAGUUUUUUUUUGUAAAUUAAAAGUUAGCAAGACUGGUUGUGACUGUUGCUUUGUGUGCCUUCAAUGUUGUGUGUGUGUAGGUGUUGUAGAUGGUAUACUGGCAUGGACUCGUGUAUAUGACUUGGAAAUUAGCACCUUGUUUUGCAUUAUUUUUUAUUUAUUCAAUUUUCUGAUUUUCUUGUUGCAAUAUUUAUACUUUAGAAACAAUAAAAAUUUUGCUAUAAAUCAAAUGGAUUCUGCUGCAGUCCUUUGAAAAGUCUAUGUAAAUUGCUGUCUCAAUAUUUAUUGUCUUGGCAAAGCCUGUCAUACAGAUCUGAAUAAAAUGGCAAUAGCUCACAAAAUAUUUGGGUGCUGCCCGACUCAAUGUCUGACAAUCAAUUAUAAAGUGCACAGGUUACCACUGUUCAAGCUUGCUUGCCAGACAGAUUGACAAACUGACUAACAAAAAUCUGUUUCAAUCAGACAAAGCGUAAAUCAGGCCCUUCUGAAAGUUUGGGGAGUCAGAUUUUUUUAGAAAAAAAUAAUAACAUUAAAGACAUUUUUAUGAAAUUCGGAAAUUGAAAAAAAUAAAUGCUUGAUUAUAAACAAAAUCAUGUUUUAAUAGUAUUGGUCAUUUAUAUAUUUUUGAUGGAAAGGCAAUUGAUUUCAUGCCAAGAUGUAUGUAACUGUCAGAUGUUGAAAAAUAAUUACAAACAACUACUCAACAUCAUUGUCAUUACAGCAUUGUGGAACAUGAUUAUCAUGCCCAGGUCUGGUCUAAUAGCAUUGCAAUUAUCAAAAAGCAGCCUUUUCAGUGAAAAAAAAAACUGGUUUGAGAGAGAUUUGUGUAUGAAAGUCUGUUGUUAAUGUGAAAAAGAAUUGCUAGUUGUGAUAAUGAUAAGGAGUAUAUAAAAUAUUGGAAUUCACAUAUUCUGUCAUGCAGAUAUAUACAUAUCAAAUUCCUAAUGUUUCAGUUUAUUGUUGUACUCUGUGUCUAGCAUUCAUGUUUUAAAUAUCUUUGCUAGCGGGGGAAAAUGGAUUAUCACAAGACUUGUAUGUAAUGUGUUCUGUAGAUGUCUAUUUGUAAAAUUAUGAUCUGUUUGUACAGUCCAGUAUUCUGGUGGUCUUGAUGUGUUUUUUGCUAUCUGCUUUCUUUGUCUAAAUAUUAUCCCUUUACCACGAAGAUAUGUAAUUUCACGCAUUUGUAGUCCCUUAGAAAGUUAAAUUUAAUUAAAGACCUUUCUUACUAGAUUCAAGUUGUUAAGGCUUCAUCUCCAAACCUUAGAUACUGAUGAGCAGCAAACAGUGUAAAACCUGAAGAGACUGCGAGUUACUUGCAGGCUGUUCUGGUGUUAUGCUGUUUGCACAUAGCCAUUUUCACUUUGCUUCUAAGUGGGAAAGGGUUAUGGGAUGAUUCUUAAAACCAAGGUGAUAGCACUUCUUUGUAUAAUAUUUUUUUCUGAUACUUUUUGCUAAUUCUUUGAUUGAAAAUCUGUGUUGUGCACAUUUCCAAUAGUUGAAUGCGUGUUGUAUUAGCUCUACUUUUUACUCAAUUGUUGAGCUAUACUACUCACCCAAAUGUUUAUGUUGGUGUCGGCAGUUAGCUCUACUUUUUACUCAAUUGUUGAGCUAUACUACUCACCCAAAUGUUUAUGUUGGUGUCGGCAGUAUGCUUUGGUUAAUGUUAACAUGCACUAUCACUGUUUAUUCUUCAGGGAUUCAUUUGAAACUUAUCACAUGUUUGGGGUUGUUGUGCGAUGUCACUGACAAGUUCCAUAACUGUUACCUGCAAUUUAGCCGGAUUAUGACCAUUUUUAUACUUGAAAAUUCAUGUUAACAUUUGCAUGCAACUAUUCCAUAUCUACUACAGAUAAUGCAAGUAAGUCGUAGCAUAUGUUUUUAGGAAUCUUCUCUGACUUCUGUAACUUCUACAUAUGAGCCUUGCUUUGUGAAAAGGGGGUUAAAUGCAUGUACGUAAAGUGUCGUCCCAGAUUAGUCUGUGUAGUCUGAACAGGCUAAUCAGGGACAACACUCUGCUUUUAUGAUAUUUUUCAUUUAAAGAAAGUCUCUUAUCAGCAAAAAAUCCAGUUUAGACUUAAAGUGUUGUCUCAGAUUAGCCUGUGCAGACUGCACAGGCUAAUCUGAGACGACACUUUAAGCACAUGCAUGAACCCAUUUUUUACAGAGCGAGGCUCAUAUAUUUAAUUGAAACUUACCACAGGUUCUCGGGAUCAUCAUGCAAGGUCACAUACCAAGGCCAUAACUGUGACUUGCAAUGAAGCAAAAUUAUGCCUUAUUUUACUUGUGCUUGCAACAACUCAUAUCUCUAGCUGACAUGUAGAUACAGCUUGGGUCUGCAUUUGAGGCAAAGUUGGUCAAGGUCACUUGCUUAAAAAUAGGACAAGUUGUCAGAUUUUAAAAUCAUUUGGCACAUUUGUUCACCAUCAUUGGACGGUGUGUCGCGCGAAAUAAUUACGUCGAUAUCUCCAAGGUCAAGGUCACACUUUAAGUUCAAAGGUCAAAAAUGGCCAUAAAUGAGCUUGUCCUGGCCAUAACUAUGUCAUUCAUUGUGAGAUUUUAAAAUCAUUUGGCACAUUUGUUCACCAUCAUGGGAUGGUGUGUCGCACGAAAUAAUCACGUCAAUAUCUCCAAUGUCAAGGUCGCCACGACUAAAAAUAGAUUUAAAAAAAAAAAAACUUACAAAGGGGGUUAAUUUUGUUUGUUCAUUUCAAAAGUUCAGUUUGAAAUUUCUCCCUUUAUCAGAUUUUUUUUCACAAUGAAAACCUGGUUUUGUGACAAUUUUGUCCCUUGUUUGUUAGUAUCUUACAUGCAGCAAAUGUAUGGAUUGCAUUUGUUGCAGAUUGGAUCAAGGUCAAUGUUACUAAAAAUAGAAAAACAGUUUCCACUCAAUAACCAUUUUUUUCAGGUGACAGAAAGCGAUACAUUAUCCAAGCUGUAAAAAAUAGUCAAGCAGGCUGCCUUGGGAUAGUUCUUGUACUAGUAUUUCAUGUUGUUAUGUCACAAUGACAGUGUCUUCAACAUAAAUUGUAAAGUAUAACAAUGUUUCGGUCAAUAGGAAGUGUGCAAAGCAUUUUUGUUGAUGUUUUGUAAGCUUAAAGCAACUAAAUAAUCAUACUUGGUUAUGACGUAUAGAAAUUAUCACUGUAAAAAUUAAGUCACGUAUGCAUAUGGUUAUCAAGCACUGUUUGUUUUGUUUUUCAACUAGACAUUUUUCAAUAAAAAGAGACACACAUUUUAGGCUAUCCAGAACAAUUCUAUAAUGUUAAUUUUUACAGUAACCACUAUCAAUCCAAGUUAUAUAAAUAUAAUGAUUUUAACUCGUGUAUUGUGCAACAUUUGUCCAUACACUUUUUAUUAUGUUGCCUGGCUCAUUUUCUAUGUAUUAAUGUAUUUUGUUUUGGAUAAAAUUUUACAUUCUCCUCUAA